CAUCUGGGCUUUUCAAUGGGCUACCGUGUGGAGCUCGUUCCCAUCCGAUUGGACCCACAUGUCAGGGGACUAACCGUCCCGUCUCGAUCCCCGAGACAGUCCACCUCCUUCCUCACAGCCCAUCUCGCGCGCGACGCCGCCGCCGCCUCGCCGCCGGCGAUGUCCUCCUCCGUCUCCGUCGCGGCGGAGUGGGACCUCCUCUCCGACCGGUUCUACCGCCGCAUCACCGUCUACUCCCCGCUGCCCUGGUCGCCCCCUUCCGCCGCCGCCGCGUCCUCGUCCUCCACCUCCGGUGGCGGCGGCGGCGGCGGGGGGAGCGGUGGCGUGCUCGGCCGCCUCGACCUCUCCACGCACAUCGUCGCCGCGGCGCCGUUCGGGGGCCCGAUCGCCGCCGUCCGGGACGACUCGAAGAUCGUGCAGCUCCACUCGGAGCCGUCGCGGCGCCGCCUCCUCCUCUACUCCUCCUCCGGCCACCCCAUCGCGUCCUCCCCGUGGCCGCCCCAGCUCCCCCGCCUCCACUCGCUCGCGUUCUCCAGCUCCCUCAACCUCGUCGCGCUGCUCUCCGAUGGGUCCCUCCUCCGCUUCCGCCUCCCUGAUCUGAAGCCCAACCCUAGCCCCACCCCCGUGCCCCUGCUCCCCACGUCCUCCGGCGGCGUUGCCGACGCUGCCUUCUGGGGAGGCGGCGUAGCUGUCCUCACGGAGGACAACCGCGUCGUGGUGACCACGGACAUCGACGCCGCGGACCCUCACCCGCGUGAGUUCGCCGACCCUUGCGUUGGCCAGGACGAGCAGGUGCUGUGCAUGGCUGUGGUGGAGCCGCAGUUUGUCAUGUCCGGGAGCCCAGAGGUACUGCUUGCGGUUGGUGAUCGAGUGCUGGCGGUUGAUGAGGAUGAUGUGCAGACACUCGGGUUGGAGCUGGAGAUUGGACCUGUGCAGAAGAUGGCAGUUUCCCCCAAUGGGAAGCUGCUUGCCGCAUUUGCGCACGAUGGGCGCCUGCUCGUCAUCCCUACGGAUUUCUCCAAGAUAAUCUUCGAGUAUGAGUGUGAUUCCGCAUUGCCACCAGAUCAAAUAGCUUGGUGUGGAUUGGACAGCGUGCUUCUUUACUGGUCAGCAGCUCUUUUGAUGGUUGGUCCAAAUGGAGAUCCGGUGCUGUAUAAUUACGAUGAACCCAUAAAGCUCAUUCCAGAGUGUGAUGGUGUAAGAAUCCUCUCAAACUCAAAUAUGGAAUUCCUACACCGAGUCCCUGAUUCCACUACAUCAAUUUUUGGCAUUGGAAGCAUGUCCCCAGCAGCAUUGCUGUAUGAUGCUAGAGAUCAUUAUGACAAACAAAGUGCCAAGGCAUACGAUAAUUAUCAGUUGAUUUCUUCUUCCUUGCCUGAGGCAAUUGAAGCAUGUAUAGAUGCUGCUGGCCAUGAGUUUGAUAUUUCACGCCAACAUGCGUUACUGAGAGCUGCUACUUAUGGCCUGGCUUUCUGCAGUCAAUUUCCACAUGAACGUUUUCAAGAAAUGUGCAAAACAUUACGGGUUCUAAAUGCUGUACGUGAUCCUCAGAUUGGGAUGCCACUUACCAUUCAGCAGUACAAGUUACUUACUGCACCGGUACUCAUUGGACGUCUGAUCAAUGCCAACCAGCACCUUUUGGCACUUCGCAUCUCUGAGUACCUCAACCUCAACCCGGAGGUCGUGAUUAUGCAUUGGGCAUGUGAGAAGAUAACAGCAUCAGCAGCUAUCCCAGAUACAGUCCUUCUUGAGGGCUUGCUUGACAAGCUCAGGUUAUGCAAGGGCAUAUCAUAUGCUGCAGUAGCAGCUCAUGCAGAUAACAGUGGCAGGCGAAAGUUGGCUGCCAUGCUUGUUGACCAUGAGUCCCAAUCAUCAAAGCAGAUUCCGUUACUGCUAAGCAUUGAUGAACAAGACAAGGCAUUGUCAAAGGCAAUUGAGAGUGGGGAUACUGAUCUUGUGUACCUUGUGCUUUUCCAUAUCUGGCAGAAGGUAGCUGUAGAAAAGAGUGCUCCAUUGGAUUUUUUUGGCGUAAUCAAUGCAAGGCCUUUGGCUCGUGAUUUGUUUAUGGCAUAUGCAAGACAUUCCAAGCAUGAAGCUCUAAAGGACUUCUUUCUAUCAACAGGGAGACUUCAGGAUGCUGCCUUUCUUUUAUUGAAAGAGUCAAGGGAAUUGGAGAGGAAUCCAAUGGCAAGCAAGGGAUCUCCUCUCCAUGGUCCACAAGUUCGGCUCAUUGAGCAGGCCCACAGACUUUUUGCUGAGACCAAGGAGCAUGUUUUUGAAUCCAAAGCUUCUGAAGAGCAUGCAAAAUUGCUAAGAUCACAACAUGAACUAGAAGUUUCCACAAAACAAGCAAUAUUUGUGGGUUCUAGUGUCAGCGAUACUAUCAAAACAUGUAUUGCCAUGGGAAAUGAACGAGCUGCACUCAAAGUGAAGUCAGAGUUCAAGGUUCCUGAUAAGAGGUGGUACUGGCUCAAAUCAUGUGCUUUAGCUACAGUUGGGAACUGGGAUGCGUUGGAAAAGUUUUCGAAAGAGAGGAGGCCACCAGGAGGCUAUAAACCUUUUGUGGAAGCAUGUAUUGAUGCUGGUCAAAAAACUGAAGCUCUUAAGUACAUUCCAAAGUUGACAGAUCCUCGUGAACGAUCUGAGGCAUAUGCACGGAUCAAGAUGGCAAAGGAAGCUGCAGAAGCAGCUUCACAGGUCAAAGAUAGUGAUGAGCUAUUUGGUCGCCUAAAGCUUACACUUGCACAGAACACAGCCGCGGCUUCUAUUUUCGAUACAUUGCGGGAUCGACUAUCCUUCCAAGGGACAUACUGACCUAUACGUGUUUGGCCAUGGGAUUUGAGUUUUGUGCACCCUUGGUACGUGCAAUUGCGCAAUCAGAUCGUAUCAAUUCAUCUUGAUGUUUCUACCAUUUUCUUCCUUGUGUACCGACUCCACAGUGUGAAUACCCCCGUCCACACUCCAGCUAUGUAAAAUGUGUAGACGAUUUUGAAGCGCGAAUGUGGAUCAGAGGCUUUUUUUUUUUGUAGAUGCCUCUUUGUUGAUAUGCCAUGUUUAAAAAGAAAGAGAGAGCAUGCAUUGUGACAAAUCAAUCUGCACGUCCAUCCGAUUUCGGCUUAACCAUUA